AUGGCUGAGGAGGAGAAUCCUGGGAGACGUACUCUGGCGAAUGCCAUCACUGUUGUUGGUCCUCAACACUUUAAUAACAUUGUAAGGCCGAGGGUCAAUGCUUUGAACAUGGAGGUGAAACUGGUGUUGAUUCAAUUGGUGAAGAGCAACCAUUUCAAUGGACUGUCAAAUGAAAGUCCAUAUUAUCAUCUGACCACAUUCAACGAGAUUUGCAAUACGGUGAAGAUCAAUGGUGUGUCGGAUGAGGCGAUUAAACUUAGCUUGUUUCCUUUCUCAUUGGAAGGCAAUGCUAAAAUGUGGUUGAACUCUUUCCCGAAGAAUAGCUUUACUGAAUGA